AUGCUUUGUGCUGUACUGGCCAUUCUGCCAUUGGCAAUAUCGCCUAGCUUUGCUGCAGUGGAUGCCAGCCAAGUGGCCCAGUUAGGGCAGCGCCUGACCCCGCUCGGCGCCGAGCAAUCCGGCAAUACCGCAGGUACUAUCCCGGCUUGGACCGGAGGUUUGCCGAAGAAUGCCGGGAAGGUAGUCGAUGGUUUCCGAGAAGAUCCGUUUGCCAAGGAACAGCCUCUGUUCACCAUCACCGCAAAGAAUGUCGAUCAAUACCGCAAUCAGCUCAGCCCUGGCCAGCAAGCGAUGUUCGCACGCUAUCCAGACACCUACAAAAUGCCGGUGUACCCAAGUCAUCGCAGCGUGGCGUGGCCGCAGUCGACUUAUGAAGCGAUCCGUAAAAAUGCCACCAGUACUCAACUAAUAGAGGGUGGCAACGGCUUGAUCGAUUACCACAGUCCGCUGGCAUUUGCUUUUCCGCAAAACGGUCUGGAGGUGAUCUGGAAUCACAUCACCCGUUACCGUGGUGGCAGUUUUCAACGUGAAACCACGGCGUUUGUGACUACGCCAAACGGUAACUACUCUUGGAAAACUGAGCGCGACCGUUUAGCCUACAACGAACAAUUACUCGACUACGACCCGAGCGAGUCGAGCAAUAUCCUUUACUACUUUACUUCGGAGAACAUCGCGCCGGCGCGCGACGUAGGCACCGUGCUACUAGUGCACGAAACACUUGAUCAGUUAAAAGAGCCCCGCAUGGCCUGGCAGUACAACGCUGGCCAACGACGCGUGCGGCGUGCGCCUCAGGUAGCCUACGAUAGCCCGGGCCCUGGCAACCUGCGCACCACCGACCAGACCGACAUGUUUAAUGGCUCGCCGAACCGCUACGACUGGCAGUUGGUCGGUAAGAAGGAGCUGUAUAUCCCAUACAAUAGCUUCCGUCUAGCGGACCCGACCAAUAGCUAUGACAACCUUAUUACCCCCGGUCACAUUAACCAAGACAAAACCCGCUACGAGUUGCAUCGUGUCUGGGAAGUGAUCGCCACCUUGAAAUCUGGCGAGCGCCAUGUGUAUUCCAAGCGCCAUCUGUUUAUUGAUGAAGACAGUUGGACCAUCGUCGAAGCCGACCAUUACGACAACCGCGGCACUCUCUGGCGAGUUUCGGAAAAUCACGUUCUGCCGCUAUACGACGUACAAGCCCAAGUAUCGGCCGGUGAGCUUACAUACGACCUGCAAUCCGGGCGCUACGUGGCAAACUACAUGUUUAACCAGAUUAAAAAUGCCUACGAGUUUGGCCUGAAGGCCAAAUCAUCCGAUUUCACCCCGGCCGCCUUGCGCGCCAUUGGCAUCCGU